AUGGCACCACACGUUGAAGAGCAGGCCUCAACAUCGGCUGUGGACAUUCCUCUCGCUGAUCUUGAAUCUGGUCCUCGUUUGAGCUCUCACGAGUCCGCUCGUUGGAAUGGCUUCUCCAAGUUUCACCCCUCCAAUAUCCUCGCCAACCCCUAUGAUUUGACCGAGAAGGUCUCACAAACAGAUUGGCUGGCCUAUACCGAAGAUGCGGCACACAGACUGACCGUGGCCCUUACUCCAAGCUUUCUCCAACGCUAUGUCGGCAGCGAACCUCCCCAACCUACCAAGCUGCACGCCAUCGCUGCGCUGGACGGAUUGCGCGGCUGGGCCUGCUUGCUCGUCUUCAACUUCCACUUCCUCUUCACAUAUACCUGGAAAGUCGCGAUUGGGUGGGGCUUUGCAGGCGAAAACUUCGGACUCCAUCAGCUGCCAUUCGUGCAUCUGUUGAUCUCGGGGCAUAUCAUGGUGGCCAUCUUCUUCGUCAUCUCCGGCUACGUCCUUUCCUAUAAACCACUAAAGACCAUUCGAUCCCAAUCGUUUGACCAGACCUUCACGGUCCUAGCCUCAUCCACCUUCCGUCGCGCCCUCCGCCUAUAUAUCCCCUCGUUCAUCGGCCUUGCAUGUGUCUUCGUGGCCGUCCGGCUCGGCUUGUACAACUACUCCUGGAGCGUCAUCAAGGAAGGCCACACUAUUCUUGGCACGAAUGAACAGCACCCACCCAUUUAUCGCUCUUUUAAUAAGCAGUUCUGGGAUUGGUACUACACAGCCGCACAUCUGCUGAACCCAUUCGACUGGGCCCUCUACUACAACAACUACAACCCACAUCUAUGGACCAUCCCAGUCGAAUUCCGCUGCUCUAUCGUCCUCUUCAUUGCCAUCCUCGCCACCUCUCGCCUAGUCUCUGUUGUUCGCAUGUCCCUCGUCGCCAGCUUGACCUGGUUCUGUAUGCGCUACGGCCGCUGGGACGUCGUCCUCUUCCUAUGCGGCAUGCUGAUGGCCGAGAUCGACCUCAUCAACGGCACCUGGGAGCGGCCCGCCAGCAGCCGCACCGUUCUCGACGACACAACUCACUUCCAUCUCGCCCCGGGCGGCAAGAGCCUUGCCAAAAUCUCCUACCGCCGCCUCUGGAUCGCCAUCUUCGUCGUGGGCCUGUACAUCGGGUCCACGCCGAACCUGGGCUUCAAGUGGACUCCCGGCUUCAUGUGGCUUUGGCAUCUAACGCCCUGGACAUACCCAGAGCCGCACCGAUUCGCACAGACUAUCGGCGCAGUCCUGAUCGUCUUCAGUAUCAACCACUCGCCCGACAUCCAGACACUCUUCGUCAACCCACUGUCCCAGUACCUAGGCAAGAUCUCCUUCGCCUUCUACAUCGUUCACGGGCCCAUCCUGCACUGCCUGGGCUACGCCAUCAUGCCCAGCAUCUGGGCCGUCACCGGCAAGGCCACGGAUUUCCAGUAUUGCCUCGGCUUCCUGCUCGGCUGGCUGGUAUGUCUGCCGAUGUCGAUUUGGGCCGGCGACGUCUUCUGGCGCGCGGUCGACAUCCCCAGCGUCAAGUUUGCGCGCUGGAUCGAGCAGCGCGUGGUUGCGCGCGGCGCUCCCGCGUCGGGCACGCCCAGCCUGGCCAGCCCGAGGGCACAUACCCCGCGAGUGCAGUGA